CGAUAAGAAGCUCGUAAUACUGUUACUCUCCAGGCUGGCUUACGAACUUUGCAUGAUGCUGGUCUGAAAUCAAACGGGCUAUAUCUGGAAACCUUGAUGAACUAAUCGACGAUAAUCCGGAACCAUCACAUAGGAGAAAUCAUACGCUCUUUGGCAGCGUUUGGUCAUCGAUGAGACGUAGGACGGGCAGUUUGAGACGGUCAUUUAGAGUAAGCAAUACUCAUUCGAAAAAGAAGCAUAAAAAUUACUUACAAGUAUCAGGAAGAAAUGUGACAAAGCUGUCUCCGUCGAGUUCAAUCGAAGUAGAUUAUUUACCGGGCAGCUAUGCAAAACAGCGGCGAGAUACCAAAAUUCAAAAUGGAUCUGUUUCACUACAUAGAGGAUAUUCCUAUAACCACGAUUGGCUAAACAGAAGCCCCGAAACCGAUGAUAACAUAUCAAACUUCAGCGGAGAUAACGUAUACGUGCCCAUGCGAAAACGUAACACUGCUAGAUUGGUAUACGACCAAAAUAACCAGCGAACUGUGCAUCUUAUGCAUCGCGCUUCAUUUCAUUUCAAAGAUAGUAAAGAAGAAAUGAACGGAGCCAUGUCCCUAACCAGGUUAUCACAUUCUGUACCUGGAAGCCCCAUAGAUGAUAGACUGAAUUCAACCGAAGUUAUUGGCUCUGCAGAAAGCCUCGUUGGACGGAUAUUGGCGGAGCAAGGCCUUGGCAAAUACUGUGACGAAGUGUUUGUGCAGAACACGUCCAAAGAAUUACGCGAAGCUUUAAAUAUGACUAGAGAGGAAAUGGAUUCUGCUGCACAUCAAUUACUCGCCAGAGAACAACAUGGCCGCCCCAUAUCCUUCCACGAAGAAGACAGUAAUUUUGUCUAAGAUAUUUUUCCUUCCUAUAAGUUUAUAAAUUAUAAUUAUAAUAAUUAAUAACAUUAAUAUAAUAAUAAUUAUUAUCAUUAUUCAAUCCUCCGAGUCCAAUUCAAGUGCCUCACAAUAUAAUUUUAUCGGUGUUAUUCGGCAUGUGUGCCUAGUCAUAAAGUUUAUUUAUAUUAUUAUACUUUGAAUUUAGUUAUUUUAUUUACACAUUAAGAUUUUAUCGAUAAACGUUUUUCCAUGUUAACUAAUUAUGUAUAUAAUUAAUUUUUAUUAGACGUUAUACUAGCUUAUAUUUUUUGCUUAGUCAAUACAUAUGAUAUAUUUAAUUUUUUGGUGCUGAAAUUUUACGGUAAUUAUAUAAAUGCUAUGUUAUAUUAUAUUACAUUUUAUCAUAUUAUAUUAUAUUUAUGUUGCAGCUA